GCCAGAACUCCCUCCCUUUCCCUCCCACUCGUCGAAUAUAUACAUACAGACAGUCAGUUCCCAGCUCCGCCAAAGGGCUCGUCGAUAUCUCUGCUUCUCAGUAGCUGUGUCGAUCUCUCUCUUCGCGUUCCUCCGUUUGCCCUGACUUAUCUUCUUUUCCACUUCAGCCAUGGGCAAGGCCGUCGUCUCGGACGAAGAAGAUGAGUACGAGGGAGGAGAGGAGGAGAGGGAGCCGCUCGAAGAUGACGAGGAAGUUGGAGGCCGAGAUGUUGAUGAUGAUGAUGAGGAGGACGAGGAAGAAGAUGGGCAGGAUGAAUUUGAGAAGGAUGGGUUCAUUGUCGAUGAUGAUGAAGAAGAGCCUGAUGAGGAGGAAAGGGAAGACAGUGAUAAUGAGAGGCAGAAAAAGAAGAAAAGAAAGAAGAAGGAGGAAUAUGUCCUUGAUGAGGAUGAUUAUGCACUCCUCGAGGACAAUAACAUCACUGGCUUUCACCGUCCGUCAAAGGAGAGUAAAAAGUUCAAACGUUUGAAAAAAGCUCAGAGGGAUAGUGAGGAGGACCAAUCUGGGUUUCCUGAUGAGGAUGAGUUUCUUGGAAGUGGCAAAAGUGGAAGAACAGCAGAGGAAAAGCUCAAGCGCAGUUUAUUUGGUGAUGAUGAGGGUAUCCCACUUGAGGAUAUCGCUGAAGAGGAAGAGCAGAUAGAAGAGGAUGAGGAUGGAGACAUUGGGGAAGAUGAUGAGAUGGCUGACUUUAUUGUAGAUGAAGAAGAAGUUGAUGAGAAUGGAGCGCCGAUUAGAAGGAGAAAAAUUAAGAGAAAAAAGUCUAGACAGGCCCCUGGAGUGUCAUCAUCUGCGUUAGAAGAAGCUCAUGAAAUUUUCGGUGAUGUUGACGACCUCCUGCAGCUCCGUAGACAAAGCAUACAGACUAGUGAGACGAGAGAAGCAAGACUAGAGGAUGAAUUUGAACCAGCGGUUCUGUCUGAAAAGUACAUGACCGAGAGAGAUGAUAAGAUUCGGGACGUUGAUGUUCCAGAAAGGAAGCAGAUAUUGGAUGAGACUGUCAAUAUACGAAUGGAAGAAGAAGAUUUCAAAGCGGAAGCAUCCUGGAUAUAUGCUCAACUUUAUAAGACUGAGCUUUCCAAUGUUUCAGCACUGCUGGUUGGCAGGACCGAGGAUGAGAUCAAAGAGAUAUAUACUGCAGACAUCUUGAGAUUUUUGAAUCUACAGCAUGUUCAAAAGUUAGAUGUACCCUUUAUUGCUAUAUACCGGAAAGAAGAGUGCCUAAACCUGUUGAGGGAUCCUGACCAGAAUGAAGGUGAUGAUAGGGAAAGCAUUGAGAAAACACCAACAUUAAAGCGACACAAGUUACUUUGGGCAGUUCAUGACUUGGAUCAAAAGUGGCGUUUGCUUCAGAAGCGGAAGGCUGCUCUUCAGUUGUAUUACAAUAAACGAUUUGAAGAAGAGUCUAGACGGGUGUAUGAUGAAACAAGGCUUGGCUUAAAUGAACAGAUUUUUGAAUCAAUCAAUAAAGCACUUGGGGAGGCCUCAUCAGAAAGGGAGGUUGAUGAUGUCGAUGCAAAAUUUAACCUACAUUUCCCUGCUGGUGAAGUUGGCCUUGAUGAUGGACUAUAUAAGAGGCCCAAGAGGAGGUCACAAUACAGUAUAUGCAGCAAGGCUGGACUGUGGGAGGUAGCAAGGAAGUUUGGCUGCAGCCCGGAGCAGUUUGGGCUGCUGGUAUCUCUAGAUGCCACUGCGGAGGAAUUAGAGGAUCCGAAAGAAACUCCUGAGGAGAUGGCUUCCAAUUUUACGUGUGCCAUGUUCGAAACACCACAAUCCGUCCUUAAAGGGGCGCGCCACAUGGCAGCUGUUGAAAUCAGUUGUGAGCCAUGUGUGCGGAGGUAUAUUCGAAGUGUAUUCAUGGAUAAUGCUGUGGUAUCGACAAGUCCAACACGCGAUGGUAAUCUGACCAUCGACUCUUUCCAUCAGUUUGCCCCAGUGAAAUGGUUGCGUGAUAAACCAUUGGGGAAAUUUGAUGAUGCGCAAUGGCUUCUCAUCCAGAAAGCUGAAGAAGAGAAGCUUCUUAAUGUUUCUAUCAAGUUACCUGAAGAUUCGCUGAAAAAGUUGAUAUCUGACUGCAAAGUGUAUUAUCUUAGUGAUGGUGUGAGUAGAUCAGCUCAGCAAUGGAAUGAGCAGAGAGAGCUGAUACUGGAGGAUGCACUUCAUGGUUUUCUUCUUCCAUCAAUGGAGAAAGAAGCAAGAUCCUUAUUGACCAGUAGAGCAAAGAAUUGGCUUCUAACCGAAUAUGGUAAGGUACUCUGGAAUAAAGUUUCAGUUGGACCUUAUCAGCGGAAGGAUAAUGAUUUCAGCUCUGACGAAGAAGCUGCACCAAGGGUGAUGGCUUGUUGUUGGGGUCCCGGAAAGCCUGCAACCACAUUUGUGAUGUUAGAUUCUUCAGGAGAAGUGCUAGAUGUGCUUUAUGCAGGGUCUCUUACCUUACGGUCUCAAAAUGUUAAUGACCAACAGAGAAAGAAAAAUGACCAGCAGCGCGUUCUAAAGUUCAUGACAGAUCACCAGCCCCAUGUUGUCGUUUUAGGAGCUGUAAAUUUGUCAUGCACACGGCUGAAGGAUGAUAUCUAUGAGAUCAUCUUCAAAAUGGUGGAGGAAAAUCCUCGAGAUGUUGGUCAUGAGAUGGAUGGCUUAAGCAUUGUAUAUGGGGAUGAGUCUUUGCCUCGUCUAUAUGAAAAUUCUCGGGUUUCAUCUGACCAAUUGCCAGGACAACCAGGAAUAGUUAGACGUGCUGUGGCUCUUGGACGCUAUCUUCAAAACCCUCUGGCAAUGGUGGCAACUCUAUGUGGACCAGGGAGGGAGAUACUCUCAUGGAAACUCAAUCCCCUCGAGGGUUUCCUCACCCCUGAUGAGAAAUAUAGCAUGAUUGAACAGAUCAUGGUAGAUGUCACGAAUCAAGUUGGGCUGGAUGUCAACUUGGCUGUCAGCCACGAGUGGUUGUUUGCUCCACUACAGUUCAUAUCGGGGCUCGGCCCCAGGAAGGCAGCAUCUUUACAGAGGUCCCUUGUGAGAGCUGGAGCAAUAUAUAUUCGGAAAGACUUUUUAAAAGUACAUCAGGUCGGAAGAAAGGUGUUUAUGAAUGCUGCUGGCUUCUUGCGGGUGCGGCGAAGUGGAUUAGCUGCUAACAGCAGUCAGUUCAUAGAUUUAAUGGAUGACACUCGCAUACACCCAGAAUCUUAUGGCCUUGCCCAGGAAUUGGCCAAGGAUCUUUACGAUCUCAAUGUAGAAGGUGAUGCGAAUGAUGAUGAGGAUGCUAUGGAGAUGGCAGUAGAAUAUGUGCGGGAUCACUCGAAGUUACUGAGAGGGGUCGAUGUUCGUGCAUAUGCAAAGAACAAGGGCCGUGAGAACAAGGUGGAGACUCUCUACGACAUAAUUAAGGAAUUAAUGCAUGGAUUCCAGGAUUGUAGGAAGCAGUAUGAAGAGCCGAGUCAAGACGAAGAGUUCUACAUGCUUUCAGGUGAAACAGAGGAGACCCUUGCUGAAGGGCGAAUUUUGCAGGCCACGGUCCGCAGGGUGCAGGCUCAGAGGGCAAUUUGUGCUCUUGAAUCUGGCCUGACUGGUGUGCUAAUGAGGGAGGACUAUUCAGAUGAUUGGAGGGAUAUUUCGGAGUUGUCGGAUAGGCUGCAUGAGGGUGAUAUCCUCACAUGCAAGAUAAAGUCGAUACAGAAGAACAGGUAUCAGGUGGUCCUAGUUUGUCGUGAGACAGAGAUGAGAAGCGAUCGGUUUCAGACUGCAAGGAGCGUUGAUCCCUACUAUCGCGAAGAUCAGAGUAGCUUGCAGACUGAGAAGGAAAAAGCUCGCAAAGAGAAGGAGCUUGCUAAGAAACAUUUCAAGCCUAGGAUGAUUGUUCAUCCUCGGUUCCAGAAUAUAACAGCUGAUGAAGCAAUCGAGUUCUUAUCGGACAAAGACCCUGGAGAGAGCGUUGUUCGUCCUAGUUCUCGAGGGCCUUCCUUCUUGACUUUGACUCUGAAGGUUUGUGACGGGGUCUAUGCUCACAAAGAUAUUGUUGAAGGUGGAAAGGAGCACAAAGACAUCACCAGUCUGCUUCGGAUUGGGAAGACUUUGAAAAUUGGGGAAGACACUUUCGAGGAUUUGGAUGAGGUUAUGGAUCGAUAUGUCGACCCCUUAGUGGGUCACUUAAAGGCAAUGCUGAACUAUCGCAAGUUCAAGAAGGGUACCAAAGCAGAAGUGGACGAGCUCUUGAGGAUUGAGAAGGCAGAGAAUCCCAUGAGGAUAGUGUACUCGUUUGGGAUUUCCCACGAGCACCCAGGGACUUUCAUCCUCACCUAUAUAAGGAGCACUAAUCCUCACCACGAAUACAUUGGUCUCUACCCAAAGGGCUUCAAGUUCCGAAAAAGGAUGUUUGAAGACCUAGAUCGGCUUGUUGCAUAUUUUCAGAAGCACAUUGACGAUCCUCAGCAUGAUUCGGCUCCUUCGAUCCGGUCAGUUGCUGCGAUGGUCCCAAUGCGGAGCCCUUCAACUGGCGGCUCAUCGGGUGGAUGGGGUGGCUCGGGCAACGAAGGUGGCUGGAGAGGAGGCCAAUCUUUUGAUAGAGACCGAUCCUCUACACCGGGAUCCAGACCAGGCCGGAAUGAUUUUAGAAACAGUGGUGGUAGAGAUGGGCAUCCAAGUGGAGCUCCUAGGCCAUAUGGUGGCCGUGGACGUGGACGGGGCUCCUAUGGUGGUGGCAGAGGGAACAAUAGCGGGAACGACCGUCAAGAUUCUGGGUACGAUGCACCGCGAUGGGAUUCGGGCAACAAGGAAGGAGGUGGUGGUGAUGGGUGGGGAAGCUUCCCUGGUGCCAAGGUCCAGAACUCACCAGGGAGGGAGGCAUUUCCUGGUGGUUGGGGUGCUGGUGGCAGCGGGAGCAGUAGUGCUGAUGGAGGUGGGGGUGGCUGGGGGAGUGGCGGUGGCGGAGGUGGUUGGGGCGGAGGCGGAGGCGGUGGAGCUGAUGAUAGCAGCGGAGGUGGAAGUGGCGGAGGCUGGGCUAGUGGUGGGGGUUCGAAGAGGUCUUCUAAUGAAGGGUGGUCUGGUGAUGGGGGCGGCAGCGGUUGGUGACACAUCCCGAAGAGCUCAGGGAGUGGUGGGAUUUUGAAGAUUGCUGAGGGAUGGUCUGCCUUGGAGACCUCUCUAGUUUUUGGUUACCCACCCGGCUUAUGGUUUGCCGAUGGGGGGCCUCUAAUGAUGUAAUGAAUGAACGAGCCUUGUCUAGGAUUAGUUAGUAAGGGGACGCCUUGCCGUCUCGUCUGAAUCAUGUAAGCGCGCUUUCUUAAUUAAUUAGUCAAUGAUUAACUUUUGUUUUUCUUUUUGGCUAGCAAAACUCUGGAAUGGAUCAAUCCAUUGGGAAAUGCUCGAGUCAAUGAGCUUCCGGUAUGACUUUCUUUUUGUAUAUAAAUAUUACUGGUUUAGUUUU